GAGCACUAUCAUAAUCAACCCCAUCAAAACCUGUUCCGCAUACCAACCCAUUGUCCCGCAGCACUUGUGUUGGAUGUUACGACCGUCACAUGUGAUUUUGAGAAGUAGUUCUUGCCACUCUUCGCGAACGACCCCGGCGACCGGAGUGGGACUGACUGCGGACGUCUGGGACUUUCACUAGUUGAUAUUUGAGAAAGCUACUCCAAUUUACCCUGUCCCACUUUGGUCUCGUUAUCGUCCAUUGGCACUGGAGGCGCACGGAAUUCGAGCUCAAGCCUGUUCACGCUCAUCGCCUUGAAUUAUGUCUCGCAAACCGUCCUCACAAAGCCGUGUAAACACACGCCAGUCCAACCAAAAGAAACCUCAGACUAGGCUCAGGACAGUCAGACUCGACGAAGGGGGCGAGCCUCCGGCAAAGAAACUGCGUCCUCAUAGUCUGUCCACCCCGCCCGUGUUUGACUUAACGACCGACGCCACACCCUGCUCAACCCCGCCACCUCCCAUAUUUUCGCCCGGCUCGCGUUCGCACGGCUGCGGGAUAGACUUGAAAGGAAAGGGAAAGCAAACCAGCCCACCAGCAUGUCCGGAAGAUGACAGACUUUGGGUAGAUAAAUACGAGCCCACUACCGAGGCAGACCUGGUUGUGCAUAAGCGCAAAGUCGAAGAUGUGCGCCGAUGGCUAGUCGAGGCGUUCGAGGGUGGUCCGUCAGGAAAGUUACGGAAAUACAGGCGUAUUCUCGCGCUGACGGGCCCAGCUGGGACCGCCAAAACAACGACUUUGCGCGUACUUUCACACGAACUAGGUUUUGAGAUCAUGGAGUGGCGUAAUGGCAUGAACGAACGGGGUGCCAAUAAAUACGUCGAAGACCUCGAGGAACAUGAUUACGGUAGCGUUCAACCUAGCACUAAAGCGAUCUUUGACAAGUUCCAAGCGUUCUUGACACGCGCAAUGUCAUGUUCAAGUAUCUUCAGUGCGGGUGAGCCUUCCACUUCCCAACCGCCAUCGUCAUCACAGGUAUCCCGGUCUACCCCGACGCCGUCUAGUUACUCCAGUAAUCAUGCAACAUACCCAGGGUGCCCACAGAAGCGACAAGUGAUCCUUCUCGAGGACCUUCCCAACCUCCUCCAUGCAUCAACACAGGCACGCUUCAAGGCCGUCCUAGAGUCCCUCUGCGUUACAAGUAGCCCCUCUACCCCAGGGCCGCCUAUUGUUAUCAUUAUCUCAGACGCUGGGCUGCGAGCCGAGCAUCCAGACGACGAAAGUUGGGAUGGAGGGAGCGGUGGACGCCGGUGGGGACGGCCAGACAUACUGGAUAUUAGGAGUGUGUUGGGUCCAGAGCUGCUGGCAAGCCCAUACGUUACGCGGAUCGGGUUCAAUCCCAUUGCACCAACAUUGAUGACGAAAGCCCUGCAAGCGCUGCUUGCUAAGCACUUUGGGCCCCAGGCGUCUACCGGAAAGCCACCCAAAGAAGUGUUGGAUGUGAUUGUGGAGACAUCGAACGGGGAUAUACGUAGCGCACUGAUGGCACUCCAGUUCGCAUGCAUCUCGCCCCUACCCGGAAAGUCCAAAACGAAAAAUUCGCGAAAUCGGAAUGACACCAAAAGCGCGUUAGCAGUGCUCGAAGCGGUGACGAGACGCGAACAGAGCCUGGUGUUGUUCCACCUCAUGGGGAAGGUGUUGUACAAUAAACGUAAACAUGAUCCUCCAAGUAGUCAUAUGUCAGCGAAAGAGGCUGCGAAGGAGCGUGAAAUGGAUGAUGAGCUCGUAGACUCGUCACCGCUGCCCAGGUGGUUAUCCCACCACGAGCGAAAAGCAAGCCGUGUCUCGAUUGAGGCCCUUGUUGCGGAUUCACCUAUCGACUCGGGUCUCUUUGGGUUGUACACCCACCAAAACUAUACUCAAUUCUGUACCGACAUUGAACAAUGUGACGGUGUUUGUGAUGGUCUUAGUUGGACAGACUGGGUCGGCGGGAGUCUUAGCACGCCCUACGCGUUUCCGACGCUCGCUUUGUCCACUUUACACGCUCUGCCGACCCCCGUACCGAGGCUAGGCCAAAAAGUAUGCAAGCCCGCAUGGUUCGAUGUCCGUACGAGAGAACUACAAGCUUGGGAUGCAGUUGGCGACGUCGCUUCCUGGCUUGCACACGCCGACACCAGUCCUUCACCCGGUGAUGCAGGUGAUAACUGGGGGAUGGACGAUACGGUGUCCAUAGGACGCUGGACCCAUGCGAACAUCGUAAUGGAGCUGGGGGGAUGGUUAAGGGCCAUGGAUCGGUCGGGGUUUUCUCUGGGUAGGCAUGCACUGCCGAGGAGUCAUAAACUGUUUUCGAAUCUUCCAUGGGCGUCCGCGUCGACGACUGCGGGCGACACGAUUGGGGAACAUGAAGAUAUGGAGAUACAUGAGGGGCUUGAGGAGGAUGGGGGCGUCAGGGCGUUGCAUCUGUCGAAGGACGAGGAAGACGAUGGGAGAUGGUGGGCAGAGGUCGAUGAUAUCGAGGAUGUGGAUUAG